GAGGCUGCCCCGGCCCCAGCUGCAGGAGUGAAGGCAGGAGCGAGCGGCCGGAGGGGGCAGUGACGACAUGAACCUGCACCAAGUCCUGACCGGGGCCGUGAACCCCGGGGACCACUGCUUCUCCGUGGGGAGUGUGGGCGACCAGCGGUUCACGGCUUAUGCUUCUGGAUGUGAUGUUGUAAUACUGGGAAGUAAUUUUGAAAGGUUACAGAUAAUCCCUGGAGCUAAGCAUGGGAACAUUCAAGUAGGAUGCGUUGAUUGUUCAAUGCAACAAGGCAAGAUUGCAGCAUCGUAUGGAAACAUUAUCUGUGUUUUUGAGCCAGUUAACCUACUGAAACAAAAGAAUACUUCUAAUGUGGAAUUAUAUAAUCAGUGGCAGAAAAGUGGCCAAUUUUUUCUGGAGUCCAUAGCACAUAAUAUAACUUGGGAUCCUACAGGCAGUCGUCUCUUAACUGGUUCUAGUUGUUUGCAACUUUGGUCAAAUAAUAACUUGGAGAAGCAAUCUGAAGAUGAAAAUCCUGAGAAAACAGAUCUUAAUUUUGGGGACUGGCGAUGUAUCUGGCAGUGUAGGACUGCUUCUCAAGUUCAUUUAAUGAGAUUUUCACCUGAUGGAGAAUUUUUUGCUACUGCAGGAAAGGAUGACUGCCUUUUGAAGGUAUGGUAUAAUACAGAUAGCUGGCGGUCAACAGUUACCUCUCAAGAUAGAGGUCCAGAAAAACAAACACAAGGAGGAGAAGUUGACUUUUCAUUUGUUUACUUGGCACAUCCUAGAGCUGUAAAUGGAUUUUCCUGGCGGAAGACCAGCAAAUAUAUGCCUAGGGCUUCAGUAUGUAAUGUAUUGUUGACUUGCUGCAAAGAUAAUGUGUGCCGCCUAUGGGUAGAGACUUUUCUCCCAAAUGAUAGUCUCUUAUAUGAAGGAAACUACAACCAUUGGACUGAUCCAGUUAACUUAACAAAUAACUUCAAGAGGAAUGCUUCCAGUAAGGAAAGAGUUCAAAAUGCUUUAGAAGUAAACCUGAGGCAUUUUCGUAGAGGACGAAGAAGAUCACUUGCACUUGUAGCACAUACGGGUUACCUGCCACAUCAGCAGAAUCCUCAUCAGGUCCAUAGGAAUACCCCUCUGCAAGCCAAUGCACUUUGCCACUUUCAUAUUGCAGCCAGCAUCAACCCAGCCACAGACAUUCCUUUACUUCCUUCUAUUACAUCUCUCAGCCUUGGUGAGAAUGAAGAGAAGAGUGGGCCUUUUGUUGUACACUGGCUUAACAAUAAAGAAUUGCAUUUUACUUUAUCAAUGGAGGUCUUUUUACAGCAGCUUCGAAAGAGUUUUGAACAGCCACCUUCAGAAACCAGUAUGGAAGAAUCUAAUCAGGUGGAUGGAAAAUCUGAUGAAGAAACAGAUGAUGGUGUUGAUGAUCUGAAAGCAGUUCCUGAAAAAAGAGAGUUGAGUAGUGAAAAAAAUAUACCCAGUUCAGGCUGUGUACCCUUACCAUCUGCUAUUAUUGAUCAUCAGAUUGAAGUGCUUCUGUCUGAGUGGAGUAAAAAUGCAGACAUGCUUUUCAGUAUUCAUCCAGUGGAUGGUUCUUUGCUGAUUUGGCACGUGGAUUGGCUGGAUGAAUACCAGCCUGGUAUGUUUCGCCAGGUGCAGGUGUCAUUUGUUUCCAGAAUUCCAGUAGCUUUCCCUACGGGUGAUGCAAAUUCUCUCUGCAGAAGCAUAGUGAUGUAUGCUUGUACCAAGAAUGUUGACUUGGCUAUUCAGCAAGGCAAACAAAAACCCUCUGGCCUCACACGUUCCACAUCAAUGCUCAUCUCUUCUGGUCAUAGUAAAUCAACUAAUAGUUUAAAAUUAAGUAUCUUCACUCCUAAUGUCAUGAUGAUUUCAAAGCAUGCAGAUGGAUCCUUGAAUCAGUGGUUAGUCAGCUUUGCAGAAGAAUCUGCCUUUUCUACAGUGCUCAGUAUUUCCCAUAAAUCUAGAUACUGUGGUCAUCGCUUUCAUCUUAAUGACUUAGCUUGCCAUUCAGUAUUACCAUUGCUACUAACAACAUCCCAUCAUAAUGCAUUAAGGACACCUGACAUUGACAAUCAGAAACAGCCUUAUGAUACUUUAAACUCUGAGGAAAUUUCAUUAGGAGAGCAUAGUAGAAGCACUGUAGAUGUAACGUUCCAGGAUCCAAAUGCAGUUUAUAGUGAACUUAUUCUUUGGAGGGUUGAUCCAGUUGGGCCAUUGUCUUUUUCUGGAGGUGUUUCAGAACUUGCAAGGAUUAAUUCUCUUCAUGUUUCGGCCUUUUCCAAUGUGGCAUGGCUACCUACCCUCAUACCUAGUUACUGUCUAGGUGCUUAUUGCAACUCUCCUAGUGCUUGCUUUGUGGCAAGUGAUGGACAAUAUUUGAGAUUGUAUGAAGCUGUCACUGAUGCCAAAAAACUUCUAUAUGAGCUAUCCAACCCAGAAAUUUCUAAAUAUGUUGGUGAAGUGUUUAACAUUGUAAGUCAACAAUCAACAGCGAGACCAGGAUGCAUUAUUGAGUUAGAUCCCAUUACUGAACUUCAUGGCAGAAAAACACAGCUACUUCAUGUUUUUCAAGAAGACUUCAUUUUGAAUAGCCUGGAGAAGAAAAGUCUGGGAAAGGGCAACAUUUUAUCUGAUUCUGAUCAAGGCAUGGCAUCUUUCACCUGUAACCCUGCAGUGUUUAAUUUCUACAAUUACCUCAGGACACAUCCACUUUUGCUGAGACGCCAUUUUGGUUCUUCUGAUGCAUCUUCCACACAAAUAUGCUUAACAGGAGAAAAUGGAUUAGCAGGAAAAAUUAAUUUAUGUGAAAGAAGAUUGUUUUUCACCACUGCACAUGCUCACUUAAAAGCUGGUUGUCCGAUGUUGGCUUUAGAGGUAUUAUCAAAAAUGCCUAAAGUCAUCAAGAAGACAAAACUUUUUUACAGAACUUGUAGUUUUCCCGAUACCAGUAAAGAUUGUUCUCCUUCUUCUCCAUUAAGGUUGGAUACAAAGGAUUAUAAAUCAUCUAGUAUUGAUUGGUCAGAGUGUGUGAUAAAUGGUUUGAGAUCUUCUUCAGAUGGUUUAUCAGAUAAACAAUCAAAUUCUACUCUUUCAUUUGACUGGAGCCAACCAAGUGUUGUUUUCAAGGAUGAAUCUUUAGACCUAAAGUGGGAUAGUGAUAAUGAUGAGGAAAAUGAAGACACACCUCUUUCAAUGAAAGAACUAAAACCUUCACAGAUAAAAGUGGAUGAAAAGAUAAAUGAAACAAAUUCCAGCUACACAGACUCUUUCAGCACAGAUGAAAGUGAUAUAUUAAGUCCAUCAGAAGAUGUCAUUGCUGUACAGUUGAAAUUUAGAGCAUGUUUAAAGAUUCUUACAAUAGAGUUGCGAACAUUAUCCACUGGUUAUGAAAUAGAUGGUGGGAAAUUGAGGUACCAGCUAUACCACUGGCUGGAAAAAGAGGUGGUGGCUCUUCAGAAGGCUUGUGACUAUUGUUCCGAUGUGGAGGAUGUACAGUCUGUAUUUAGUGAAAAUAUGGAUGAAGCUAUAUUAAAUGAAAAUACAAAAGAUUUAUUUGAUCAACCAAAAGUAAAUCAAUUGAGAGAUAAUUUCCAGAAGAGACGACAAUGGCUUUUGAAGUAUCAGUCCCUUCUAAGGAUGUUCCUUAGUUACUGUAUACUGCAUGGGUCUCAUGGUGGUGGCCUUGCCUCUGUGAGAAUGGAAUUGAUUCUACUUUUACAAGAAUCUCAGCAGGAAACAUUAGAACCAAUUUUUCCUGGGCCUCUGCCAGAUCAGACCUCAAUACCUCUCCUCUUUGCAUGUACAGCCAGUGCCAAAACAGUAGUUGCCAAUCCUCUAUUGCACCUUAGUAAUUUGACCCAUGAUAUACUAUAUGCUAUAAUAAACCUUGAUUCACCACCCCAUCCUGACACCCAAAACAAUAAAGUAUAUGUAAUGCAUACUUUAGCAGCAUCUCUCUCUGCUUGUAUUUAUCAGUGUCUUUGUGGUGGCCAUAACUAUAGUUCAUUGCAAACAAAUCAGUUUACUGGAAUGGUAUACCAGACAUUGCUAUUUCCUCACCAGCACUGCUUGAAAACAAGCUUAGAUGAAACAAUAACUCCCAAUACAUCUCCAGCUCAAUGGCCAGGAAUUACUGCUCUUAUUCGCCUUUUGAAUUCUGCUGGGGAGGAAGCUCAGUCGGGACUUACAGUUUUGCUUUGUGAAAUUCUCACAGCAGUUUAUCUUAGUCUCUUCAUCCAUGGUCUGGCAACACAUUCUAGUAAUGUGCUAUUUCGGAUUGUGGCCCAUCCUCUAAAUGAAAAAAUGUGGUCUGCUGUAUUUGGUGGAGGAGCACAUAUUCCCAGCAAAGAACAAACAUCAUCAAAAGCUGUAACUGUUUCUUCUCCAGCUGAAGAUGGUGAAAAACAGCACAAACGAUCUAGGCCAUCGAGAACAUCUUCCAAAGAGUGCCUUCUGCAGAACUCUUCCUCACCUAGAGGAGAACAGGAGUCUUUGACUUAUAAGGAAAAAUUUAUUCCUCCUGAGCUUAGUAUCUGGGAUUAUUUCAUAGCAAAGCCUUUUUUACCACCUUCCCAAAGUAGAGCAGAAUAUGAUUCAGAAGAGAGUCAGGAAAGUGGUGAUGAUGAGGAUGAGGAUGGUGAUGAAGAUGUUUUAACUUCAGAUUAUCAACUCCAAGAGCAUGCUAAUUCAAAUUCAUACAGUUGGUCAUUGAUGCGACUGGCUAUGGUGCAGUUGGUGCUGUAUAAUUUGAAGACUUUCUAUCCAUUGGCUGGUCAUGAUCUUUCAGAGCUUCCAGUUAGCUCACCACUGUGUCAUGCAGUUCUGAAAGCUCUUCAGUGCUGGGAACAAGUCCUCCUCCGAAGGCUUGAAAUACAUGGUGGGCCACCUCAAAAUUAUAUUUCAAUUCAUACCUCUGAGGAGAGUUUGUCCGGAGGUCCUGCAAUUCUUCGCCAUAAAGCUUUGCUUGAACCUACAAACACCCCUUUUAAAUCCAAACAUCAUCUGGCACUGUCUGUGAAGAGACUUUGGCAGUACUUGGUGAAACAGGAAGAAAUUCAAGAAACUUUUAUCAGAAAUAUAUUUACUAAGAAGAGAUGCCUAAAUGAGAUAGAAGCUGAAUUGGGUUUCCCAGGAGGUAAAGCAAGAAUUAUCCAUAAAGAAUCUGACAUUAUUACUGCUUUUGCUGUUAAUAGAGCAAAUAGAAAUUGCAUAGCAAUAGCUUCCAGUCAUGAUAUUCAAGAACUGGAUGUAUCUGGAAUUCUGGCUACACAAAUCUAUACCUGGGUGGAUGAUGAAAUAGAACUUGAAACAAAAGGGUCUGAUGAUUUCUUAGUUAUACAUGCCCGUGAUGAUCUAGCAUCUGUGCAAGGUACUACACCGUAUACGCAUAGCAAUCCUGGAACUCCAAUCAAUAUGCCUUGGCUUGGUAGUACACAGACUGGCAGAGGGGCAUCUGUGGAAUAUGCCAAUAAAUUUAAUGGAAUCAGAAAGGAAUUGGCAAGAAAGGAGAUGAUUAAGAAAACUAUUAAUAAUGUCAGAAGAAUGGCUUCACAUCCAACACUACCUUAUUAUCUGACAGGAGCCCAAGAUGGAAGUGUUAGAAUGUUUGAGUGGGGUCAUUCCCAACAAAUAACCUGUUUUCGGUCUGGCGGCAAUUCAAGGGUGACAAGAAUGAGAUUUAACCAUCAAGGAAACAAGUUUGGAAUUGUUGAUGCUGAUGGCUAUAUAAGUUUGUAUCAGACCAACUGGAAGUGUUGUCCAGUUACUGGAAAUACUCCUAAGCCAUAUUUGACAUGGCAGUGUCAUAACAAAACAGCCAAUGAUUUUGUUUUCAUCAGUUCCUCUUCUCUGAUAGCCACAGCAGGUCUCUCAACUGAUAACAGAAACAUAUGUUUGUGGGAUACUCUUGUGGCACCUGCAAAUAGCUUGGUACAUCCUUUUACCUGCCAUGAUAGUGGUGCUACAGUGCUUGCAUAUGCUCCAAAACAUCAGGUGUUAAUAUCAGGAGGCAGAAAAGGUUUUACAUCGGUAUUUGAUCUUCGCCAACGACAGCAGAGACAAUUUUUCCAAAGCCAUGAUUCUCCAGUGAAAGCAAUUGCUGUAGAUCCAACUGAAGAGUAUUUUGUUACAGGAUCUGCAGAAGGCAAUAUAAAGAUUUGGAGCCUAUCUACCUUUAAUCUUCUCCACACUUUUAUCAAUGAACAUGCUCGGCAAUCCAUUUUCAGAAACAUUGGAACUGGAGUAAUGCAAAUUGAGACAGGGCCAGCCAAUCACAUUUUCUCUUGUGGAGCUGAUGGAACAGUGAAGAUGAGAAUCUUACCUGAUCGAUUUAGUCCAUUAAAUGAAAUGUUGAAAAAUGAUGUGAAAUUCAUGCUCUAGCGUUCUUUUCAAUAAUAUAAAUUCUUAUGAACAUAUUUCAUAAAAGUGGCCAACAGAUAUAAUGUACAGUAAUUACUUUGUAGUUGUUGUCACAAAAUAAGCUUUUGCUCUCUUAUGUUUAUAUUUAUUUCAUGUACCUUUACCCUUGAUGCACUGAUGCCUUAAAAAUUAACAAGGUUAUUCAGAAUUUGAUUAUAUUGCCUAAAGUAGUCUGUAUAAGCAACUGUAAUAAUAUAUAUAUGCAUAUAUAUUUAUGAUAUAUAUGGCAUGGUGUUAAAAGCAUUUUUUUCUUUUGUUUUUUUUGGGGGGGGAGAAACAACAAACCUUCUAUAGGCAUCUGUGCAGGGAAUCCCUUGUUUUUCAAUGAAAAUCAGCCUUUUUAUCUAAAGGCUGAAACAUCUAAUAAACAUCACCACCAAUCCCUUA